CACCGGUUUCGAUCGGAUGUAGUCUUCGUAACCGGAUGGUGUCUGUGUAAAGGAAGUUUUGUUUUGCGAGUUUUACGUCUGCCUCGACUGGCUGGGUGUUAAGUGAACGUACUUAAAAGAGCGCGGAAUGAUACCAGCGUGAACUGUGUUGAUGUUUACCGCUCUUGUAUUUUAGAGGAAGUGAAACCCGGAGCUGUCGGAAGCGCGGAACUCGAAGAAACCCGAGAACAGCUUGUUGCUAAGCUAAAGCUACACAGCUAGUUAGCAGCGGUUAGUCAUAGACUCGGUUCUGCGUAGUGUUUAGGGGUCCCACAGAGCUGACGAAGCCAUGGGGAACCGGGGCAUGGAAGACCUGAUUCCCCUCAUCAAUAAGCUUCAAGACGCUUUCAGCUCCAUUGGCCAGAGUUGCAACUUAGACCUUCCUCAAAUUGCUGUGGUUGGUGGACAGAGCGCCGGGAAAAGCUCCGUGCUGGAAAAUUUUGUUGGCAGGGAUUUCCUUCCACGUGGAUCAGGCAUUGUAACCCGCAGACCUCUUAUUUUGCAGCUGGUCAACAAUGUAGCAGAAUAUGCUGAAUUCCUGCACUGCAAAGGGAAGAAAUUUGUGGAUUUUGACGAAGUGCGAGCAGAAAUUGAGGCAGAGACCGACAGGAUAACAGGCUCCAACAAAGGCAUCUCUCCCGUUCCCAUCAACCUCAGGGUCUACUCUCCACAUGUGUUGAACCUGACCCUCAUUGACCUUCCUGGAAUGACCAAGGUUGCUGUUGGUGACCAGCCCGUGGAUAUUGAGCACCAGAUCAGAGAUAUGUUGCUGCAGUUCAUUACCAAGGAGAGUUGUUUGAUCUUGGCAGUCACCCCGGCCAACACUGACCUGGCCAACUCGGAUGCUCUGAAGAUCGCCAAGGAGGUUGACCCACAGGGUAUGCGUACUAUUGGUGUUAUAACAAAACUGGACCUGAUGGAUGAAGGGACAGAUGCAAAAGAUAUCCUUGAAAAUAAACUGCUGCCAUUGCGACGAGGUUAUAUUGGUGUGGUUAACCGCAGCCAGAAAGACAUUGAUGGGAAGAAGGACAUUCGUGCUGCACUGGCUGCAGAGAGGAAGUUCUUCUUGUCCCACCCUUCCUACAGACACAUAGCAGAGCGUAUGGGAACACCACACCUACAGAAGACGCUCAACCAGCAACUGACUAAUCACAUCAGAGAUACACUUCCUGGUUUGCGUAGUAAGCUGCAGAGUCAGCUCCUGUCCCUGGAGAAGGAAGUGGAGGAAUACAAAAACUUCCGUCCUGAUGACCCCACUCGCAAGACAAAGGCCUUACUACAGAUGGUGCAGCAGUUUGGUGUGGACUUUGAGAAAUGCAUUGAAGGCUCCGGGGACCAGGUGGACACCAACGAGCUAUCAGGUGGUGCAAAGAUCAAUCGCAUUUUCCAUGAACGCUUCCCAUUCGAACUUGUCAAGAUUGUGUUCGAUGAGAAGGAGUUAAGGCGAGAGAUCAGUCACGCCAUCAAGAACGUCCAUGGUGUCAGAACGGGGCUGUUCACUCCAGACCUGGCGUUCGAGGCCAUCGUCAAAAAGCAGAUCGUUAAACUGAAAACACCUUGUCUCAAAUGUAUCGAUCUGGUCAUUCAAGAGCUGAUCAACACAGUCAGGCAGGGCACCAACAAGCUCAAUUCUUACCCGAGACUAAGGGAGGAGACUGAGAGGAUUGUUACCACCCAUGUCAGAGAAAGAGAAGGGAAGACCAAGGACCAGGUUCUGCUGCUGAUUGACAUUGAGCUGUCCUACAUCAACACCAACCAUGAAGACUUCAUUGGCUUUGCCAACGCCCAGCAGAGGAACACAGCCGCCAACAAGAAGAGGGCUAUACCCAACCAGCUUGGCGGACUGGCAGAGGUCCAUGAAGAGAAGGUGAUCAGGAAGGGCUGGCUGACUAUCAACAUCAGCAUCAUGAAGGGAGGCUCCAAGGAGUACUGGUUUGUCCUGACUGCUGAGUCCCUGUCGUGGUACAAAGACGAGGAGGAAAAAGAGAAAAAGUACAUGUUGCCUUUGGACAACCUGAAACUCCGAGAUGUGGAGAAAGGCUUUAUGUCCACAAAGCACAUCUUUGCAAUCUUCAACACUGAGCAAAGGAACGUGUACAAGGAUCUUCGUCAGAUUGAGCUGGCCUGUGAUUCUCAGGAGGAUGUGGACAGCUGGAAGGCAUCCUUCCUCAGGGCUGGAGUUUAUCCAGAAAAGGAUCAGACCGAAGCUGAAGAGGCCGCCCCUGCAGACACUUUUUCAAUGGAUCCUCAGCUGGAGCGUCAGGUGGAAACCAUCCGCAACCUGGUCGAUUCCUACAUCAGCAUCGUUAACAAGUCCAUCAGAGACCUGGUUCCCAAGACCAUCAUGCAUCUCAUGAUCAAUAGUGCAAAGGAUUUCAUCCACUCUGAGCUGCUGGCCUACCUCUACUCCUCUGGAGAUCAGAACAGCCUGAUGGAGGAGUCAGCUGACCAGGCCCAGCGCAGGGAUGAGAUGCUGCGCAUGUAUCAUGCCCUCAAGGAGGCGCUGACCAUCAUUGGUGACAUCAGCGCCAACACCAUCUCAACGCCAGUACCUCCUCCUGUAAAUGACACCUGGAUGCAGGAAUCGAGCCCCACACCUCAGCGCAGGCCACCUCCUGCCACAGCCCCGCCGCCCAACCGUCCACCUGCUGUCAGGGGCCCAACACCAGGACCACCCAUGAACCCUUCCCCUGCCUUCGGAGUUCCACUCAACCCCUCCCCUGCGUUUGGUGCUCCACCCAUCCCCUCCCGCCCGGGCCAGCCCAUGAAUGCCUUCAACAGCAGCCAUGAUCCCUUCAGUGCUCCUCCUCAGAUCCCGUCCCGACCGGCCCGCGUCCCUCCAGGUGUACCCAGCCGAAGACCCCCCGGGGCUCCUUCCCACCGACCCACCAUAAUCCGCCCGGCUGAGCCCUCCCUGCUAGACUAGACCCGUGGCCAAUCUCGCCUCUGUGUGUGUUUGUGUGUGAAAAGGUGUGUGCGUGCGAGUGUAGAGCACACAAUUAGGUGGGGGCUGGAGGUGAGGGGCUGACUGAUGCCCCCUCGUGAUAACACCGAGUCGAGCAGUGUUUUUGAGCUGCUAAUAAGGUCUUUAUGAGGUUAAUCAAAAAGAAUGAAAGACGUCAAACAAAGCCCCGUAACCACUUCAUGAUGUCCGAUCGCUGGGAAAAAAAACAAUUGUAUGAUAUAAAAUCAGUUCCAGCCAAUCGGUGACAGGCACCAACAGUGUGUCCAUAUCAACCUGAGCUUUUUUUGUAUUCACUGCUUCAUCACAGGAGCUCAUGGGAAUUAAAUUAACAUGUAAAGGCUGUUGUUUCCUCUCUGCUGUCCUUUUACACUCUUCUUAAUCCCCACCCUGAUACCUGAUAAGAAAUCACUGUGUCCUUCACAAAACUAACUGGUUAGUUCUUUCCUCACCAGUGUUAUUUUAUUCAUGGGGAACUUGACGUAGCUUUAAAAAUUAAAUAGAAAAAAACAAAAAAAAACAAAGAAGGUGACAACAUGGAGAACUGACAGAGCAGCUUCAGCUUCCUCUCUGUAACAUACUCCAGGGUGACAAGAUGUCGACCGUUAAAACCCAAGCACUUCUUACAGACAGCUUUUUCUUUUUUAUCACAAGGACGAUCGCAGUCCAUACCCAAUAACACUAUGCACAGAAACCCCAGCACAGGCUGCUCGCUCCUGCUUGAAAGCUUCUGUCUCCACUAAGUGGUUGAAGCCUUAAAUUUAAAUCCCUUUAUUCUCAGAAAGACGCCUUCAGGUAGUGCUAAUUCAUUCCCGAAUACUGAGACGUCACUCAUCAGAAAUAAAAAAACGUAUCUGCGUUUGUCGUAAAAAGACAGAUUUGUGAUUUUUAUAAUGAUGGUAUUGGGGCUUUCACGUUUCUUCAUGGGCUCAGUUGUCAAUGAAAUAUUGUAUAUAGAUCUAUACUGGGUGGGCCGGGGGAAGGGUUAGCACUUGUAUCACAUUUAAUAGCAAAGAUAAUGGUGGAAAUAUAUUAUAAUCAAAGGCCAUCAUGUCAGAAUUCAACUGUAAGUGUGGUCAGAAGACGCGCUCACGCUGACUCUUCAUUAUUAGCUUUGGAUGUGGGGAAACGAGAGAUUCCUCUUCUCCUGAUUCAUUAUUUAUAACCUGGGCAUUUGUCAUUUCUUUUGAUGGAUUAGUUUUAUCAGUUGUGUGUAUCUCUAUGCUCCCCCAGGCACUUCAUACUUCUUUUUUCUAAUUUUAACUGUUGUUAAAUGAGAUUCAGCUACAGGGAUCACUGCUCCAUUACUAUCUCAACAAUGAUUUUGAUCUCGGCCACUAGAGGCUAACACUUCACAGUGGUGGAAGUGGGACUGAUGUUUCAGAGACGUUACGAGGUUUAAAAGGUGAAAAUACUCAGGCUGCCAGUGACGUUGACUCAUCGGGAUGUUUUUACGUUGUUUCCUUUUUUAUUUCUUUUUUUUUGGUUUGAUCAGUAGUUGUGGGAGUACAGAACUGGGAGUUGUGGUGUACAGAGCACAUCCUGUCUUGAGAUUCUGUCUAGACUUGUCCUUAUCUUCACCAAUAAGAACUGAAACUUAAAACAACCUCCAAAAUGACUUAAACUAAAUCUAAAAAAGAAGAAUAAAUUAAACUAAAUGACAAGAAAAAAAAAUUUCCAUCCACAGGUGUCUCCAGACAGAAUGUGUGAGUGUGUGUUCAUGAUUCUUUUCCUACAAGGUCUGGCUCACAAUGACAGUGGUACCGAAACAAAAUCAUGAAUAUUCCACUCUUUAGAAUGAUGACCUUUGACCUUUCACUUCCCCUACCCACCACAAUUUAUUAAAAAAAGAAAUUCUAAUCAGAGAUAUUAUUCAUACCUGUCACUGCAGCCUGGCCUUGACGUGAUCAGACUGUAAAUGCCAUGUAAUAUAGCAGGUUGUUCUCUCCCUUCCUUCCUCCUUUUCUUCACCCCUGUCUGUGCUGGUGGAAGUGGUUGAAAAGCAACCUGUGGGGGAAAAAAAAAAUCUUUUUUUUUUUCUUGUUGUUUUGCAAAUUCUUGUCAAGUGCCUCUGUAGCAAUUAAUUGAUCUAAAUAAACAAUAUGAACUAAUGGAAAAAAGGAGAAUAAAUAAAGAGGUGUUGUGUACUAUAAA